AUGGAGGCCAAACACAGCUCUGAGCUUCCUCCUGGUUUUAGAUUCCACCCAACUGAUGAGGAACUCAUCAUGUUUUACCUCAAAAACCAGGCCACCUCAAGGCCAUGCCCUGUGUCCAUAAUCCCAGAAGUUGAUCUUUACAAGUUUGAUCCAUGGCAGUUGCCUGAGAAAGCAGAGUUUGGAGAAAAUGAAUGGUAUUUCUUUACCCCAAGGGACAGGAAGUACCCAAAUGGAGUAAGGCCUAACAGAGCCACCGUCUCAGGUUACUGGAAAGCCACAGGCACAGACAAGGCAAUUUACAGUGGGGCAAAGUAUGUGGGGGUGAAGAAAGCUCUUGUGUUUUACCAGGGCAAGCCACCAAAGGGGGUUAAGUCUGAUUGGAUUAUGCAUGAAUAUCGUCUAAGUGACUCGAGAAAACAAGCCAACAAGCAACUUGGGUCCAUGAGAUUGGAUGAUUGGGUCCUCUGCAGGAUCUAUAAGAAGAGGCAUCUGGGCAAAGCUUAUUUGGACCAAAAAGUGGAAGAAGAAGACCCAAUUACUGAACCCAAAAUUGAGAUAACAGCAGCCAAUAAUCAUGAGGAGCCAAUGAUGUUGAAAUUUCCAAGGACUUGUUCCAUUAGUAGUUUAUUGGAAAUGGACUACUUGGCCCCAAUCUCCCAACUUUUGAGCGAGAAUUCUAGCUAUGACUUCCAAAACAACUUGGCCAGUGCAGGAAAUGCUGGUCAUGCCCAAAUGUUUCAGUUUGGUGAAAUGCCAUACCAAAGCACAACAGACACAGCUAAAUUCCAAGUGACUCAGAGUUGCCCUUCUAACCAACCAUGGUUUGCCAAUCCGGUGUAUAACUUGAAUGGUUUGGACCGCAAUUAA